AUGUUUUUCCCGGAGGCGAAGAAGAUGGGAACUGCAGCGGUAAUGGUGUUGAUUGCUUUACUGUGCUGCGACGUCGCCGCCGCCGGCCAUCAGCGGCGGCAGCUGAGGUUCGAUGGCAAGAAGGGAGAUUUCAGGAUUUUGCAGGUGGCGGACAUGCAUUUCGCCGACGGUCGGAAAACGCCUUGCGAGGACGUCUUCCCCCAGCAGAUGAAAACUUGCUCCGAUCUCAACACCACCGCCUUCAUCCGCCGCCUUAUUCGAGCCGAGAAACCUGAUUUUAUUGUUUUUACGGGGGACAACAUCUAUGGGUUUGAUGCGAGUGAUGCUGCAGCAUCGAUGAAUGCCGCAUUUGCCCCCGCUGUCUCAUCGAACAUUCCGUGGGCUGCUGUUCUAGGCAAUCAUGACCAGGAGUCUACGUUGUCUAGGGAGGGCGUGAUGAAGCAUAUAGUUGGCAUGAAGAACACCUUGUCACAGCUUAAUCCUCCCGGAGUUCGUAUUAUCGAUGGAUUUGGAAACUACAAUUUGGAGGUCCACGGUGUCGAAGGUUCCCACUUGGAGAAUAAAUCAGUUAUGAACCUCUAUUUUUUGGACAGUGGGGAUUACUCGACCACUCCGUUGAUUCCUGGCUAUGGUUGGAUUAAACCCUCUCAGCAGCUCUGGUUUCAGCGUACUUCACUCAAGAUUCGGAGGAGUUAUAUGAACAAGCCAGAACAGCAAAAUGGUCCAGCCCCAGGGCUUGCGUACUUCCACAUUCCACUACCCGAAUACGCAAGCUUCGACUCGUCAAACUUUACAGGCGGCAAACAGGAAGGCAUUAGCUCGGCAUCUGUGAACUCUGGAUUCUUCACGACAAUGGUGGCGGCAGGGGACGUGAGGGCCGUCUUCACGGGCCAUGAUCACUUAAAUGACUUCUGCGGCCAAUUAAAUGGCAUAAACUUGUGUUAUGCUGGUGGCUUUGGGUACCAUGCCUACGGGAAGGCUGGGUGGGCCAGGAGGGCUAGAAUGGUAAUUGCAUCUCUCGAGAAAACGGGAAAAGGAUUGUGGGGCCCCGUGAAGUCAAUCAAGACGUGGAAACGUCUCGAUGAUGAACACCUCACCGCCGUUGAUGGCCAGGUGCUGUGGGCCAAGCAGUGGUAA